AUGACAGCAACAAAUCCACAAUCAUAUUAUUCAAAAAUGCCCAAUGAGGAUAGUAAUGUUUUUGAUGAUAAAACUAUUCAACGUUUUGAUGCUGAGACAAUCAAAAAUCGCUAUGGAAAUAAUUGGAAAAACUUUGCAUCAAAUGUACGUGAAAUAGUUCAACCCGAUGGAUCAAUUAUCAAAGAUCCAACUUUACUUGAACAAAGCAAACCAUCAUCACAACCAAUCAAUUCAACAUUAUCAACAAUAUCAACAGUCUCUGAUGACGAUCAACAACAAUCAUUAAAAAAUAAAUUUGCUCAAAUCAAAGCAAAAUUUGAACAAAAAAACUUUUCAAAUGUUAUGUCAUCACCAUUAACAUCGUCAAUAAAUACUAGUAAUAUAGCAACACGUGAAAACUCUAGAAAACAAACUGAUGAUUUAUAUGCAAGACAUAGACGAGCAUCAAAUGAAUCAAUACCAAUUCAUAGAAUAGAUAAUAUUAAUAAUAAUAAUAAUUCACUAGGUUCUUCAAAUCGAUCUACUGAUAUAUAUAAUAAUUAUAACCGUUCACAAUCAAUUACAACUGAAAAAUCAAAAAUAAGUUCAUUUAGACGUUUUGAUUCUGCUGAUGAAGCUGACGAAGAAGUUCGACAAAUUCAUCGACAAGGUGAAGAAUUACGGCGUUAUAAACAACAAUUUACUCCUAUACUCUCAUCCAAUGAAAAUUCACAACAAUCUCGUGUUCAAUAUGAAAUACUUGAUGAAGAUGGAAAUCCUUUGGUUAUUGAUGAUAUUCAAGAUUUACUUAAGACAUCAGGUGUACAUGCUCGAGAAAUUUCUCAAUCAGAUGGAACAAUUGUUAAAGAAUAUGUUAUAGAUGAUCCUGAAAUACUAUCAAAAUUUCGUUCUCAGAAGCAACAACAACAACAACAACAACAACAACAACAACGACAACAACCGUCACCAACGACUUCAUCCUAUACUCAACAACAAACUAUUUAUGAUGAAGCCCCGCCACCUCCACCACGUAUUCCAUUACGGUCAUCAAUAUUAUUUCGUCAAGGACGACCAUCAGUGAAUGACAAUGUUUCAUAUAAUAUUCAACAAAUUCGUGUUCUUGAACCACAACGACGUUAUGAAUAUUUAACCAGAACAGGUCGACGUAUUCAAUUUGUUAUAACUAAUUCCGAUAGUUUUAAUGGACAAUUUAUAACUGAUUCUGAUAUUCGUGAAUUAACACAUGCUAUUAAUAAUCGUCUUGUACCAUCGUCUAAUUCUAUUGUACAACAACAACAACAACAACAACAACAUCAUCAGCAGCAAUCACCGAUACAAGCACAAUUUAAUAAACCUAAACUAUGGCAUCCAUCUGUUGAUUUCACACAGCGACAACGUAUUGGUUCUGAUAGUCAACCAUAUUCUAAUAAUUUUAACAAUAAUUUUCAACAGACACAAACAGAUUUAUCUCGUUCAGCAUCUCAUGGUCGACUUGAUCAAGAAUCUUAUAAUUCACAAAAUCAUCAACAAGUAAUGAAUGAACCAAAUAAUAAUGGGAAUAGAUUUGAAUACCAAGAUUCACAUAGUCACACAAUAAAUCAAGAUCAUCAAAAUGAAGGAACAUUUAAAACGUCAACACAAUUUUUGCCUCCAACACAAAGAAAACGUUCAACAAAUUCACCACCAAUAAAUAAUAAUCAUCCACCGGUUUUUUAUUCACAAUCAACAGCGUAUCCAUAUCAAGGACAACAACAACAUGGUGUUCGAAUUCUUAAUGAUUUAAAUCAACAACGUGCAGCUAACAUCACUGAUGAACAUAAUAGAAUUUGA